AUGAUGCCCGUCAAGUCUGAGCCCGAUGAAAAUGCUUUCCCCCCUUCCGCUGCCGAACAAAGCUCUCAAACUGAUACAAGACGUCAGUCCGCGGCCAGCGCGCUCUUGGCUCAACUCCUCGGCAACCCGUCGACAAUGCCUCCCGACGAGCCAGGGCCAUCGGCGGACCACUCCGUAUCCGCAGCGCAAAAGACAAGCAAACAUCAGGAAGUGGAUGAUGGGUCAAAUGGACAGUGGUCGGCCGACGCGCCUGUGGGAACUGCAGCCAUGUCCUCAGACCUAACUGGAGCCCAAGACCAGAUCCCAGCCAACUCAAAUGAGUUGCCGGGGUCCCAACAAGCACAGAAAAUCUCCGAUCAACCACCGGAUAUACCAUUUCCGAAUCCAGAGGAGGACCUGAACAUAUCAGUAAAACAUCCAGAUCCCUCGGAAGGCCUCACGGACCCUUUACUAUUCUCGAAGUCAAGUCUAGACCAUUCCGACCUAUUCUCACCGUUUGAUAUAACCGGCGCUCCGAAGGACCCGUUCGAAGCAUUGCAGCAGAAUGAGAUGCUUACAGCUGCCUAUCUUUCCCAGGGACUACAAGACCGUCACGGAUCAAUUGCCGGAUCAGAACCUCGCAUCCAGGCUUUUGCAAAACUAGAAUUCGAUGAUGGUCAUUUCUAUUGCAAUACAUAUUCGUUCAUUCUCGGGCGAGACGUGCGGGCUGCCCGAGCUGCCCAUCAACGUGAAUUCCAUGUCCGACAGGCCAUGAGACAUUCCCGCGCGAAAAGUUCGAGUGGUGGUAACACGUCGCAUACUCCUAUCCGAAUGAAACAUGAAGGUAGUGGAAUUAUGGGAAGCGUCGUCAGCGACCGCGGUGGAAUAAUGGGCUUUGAUCCUGAUAUCCCUCCCCAUCUUCCCUCCCGUCUAAGUCGGCGAUCGUCCAACUCAUCCCAUGCCGAGGCGGGAGCUCCGAUUCACGCGACACCAGCUCAGCUACAGUCGAAUACUACUGAUUAUAACGCUCUUGCUCUGCAAUCGCUAAAUGAUGAGGGUGGUGAUGCGAAACCGGUUGAUGCUUUGGCUCUGCUUCCGUCUCCAGACUCUUGUCCAACAAUCCCGAUUCAUCCCCCUGCCACAACCGAUGGUAGUGCCGCCGGACACCGAGGUAUCUCACGGAAACAUGUAAAGAUCGCAUAUAACUUCGAUAAGAAUCUCUUUGAGAUGGAAGUCAUGGGGAGAAACGGUGCAUUCAUCGGGGCUGAUUGGCUAUCACCUGGCCAGAUCAGGCCCUUGCACAGUGGUGAUUAUAUCCAGAUUGGUGGCGUACGAAUACGAUUCUUGCUUCCGGAUGUACCAAUUGGUGAAACGGGUGCCGAUAUAGUCGAGGAAUCCUACGUGGCAGAAGAAGAAAAUGCACAAGCUUCAGUUCCUGCAGUGGAGAAUGACGAGGAUGAGAAGCGUUGCAAACCUGAGAGCACGGAGAAUAAAGAUGCUCCAAGAACAACUAAGAUUAUUCUCAAGACCAGGGAUCCUGAUUCUGCACGUCCAGUACCGUCUAUUGAAGGUUCUACUGACAGCCAGCAACCUAUGCGUCGUCGAGGUCCGGGACGGCCACCCAAGGACGGUAUCAUGUCGAAACGUGAACGGGCCGAGUUGGCCCGGGAACAGAAAUUGGCUGCGAAACGUGAGGCAAAUGGGGGUGUCACUCCUCCCCCUAUGAAUCGGCCGAAGGCCGGAAAGACCACAUCUACAGGCACCGCUACUGCUACGCCCAAGGAGCCCUUCGGUGCAGAGUCUCCUGGAUCCAAACCCGAAAAGCGCAAGUACACGAAGAGGAAGAAGCCCGAUGGCACCCUUAUGGACUACCCUCUUCCUUCUACGGAAGGUGGCCAGUUCCCUAUGGACCAGCGCCCAGAAGACUACGUCAAGCCUCCUCCAGUUAAGAAGCGCAAGCCUUCGCGUUCACCCUCACCCAACUAUCCACCAGAAUCUGCGUACACCCCAGAGGAUCUGGCCAAACCCCCUUACAAUUAUGCGGUUCUUAUCUUCGAUGCUCUCACUGAGGCUGGCACGCCGAUGACGCUGAAGCAAAUCUAUCGCGCACUGAAGUUAAAGUAUCCCUAUUUUCGCUUCAAGUGUGAAACUGAAGGCUGGACGUCCAGUGUGCGACAUAAUCUCAACGGCAACAGCCACCUCUUCAUGCAUGCCGAACGAGAUGGUAAAGGGUGGUCAUGGCAACUACGUCCAGGGGCCUCAGUUGAAAAGGAGAAGAAGAGGCGUCCGUCGCCGCCUCCGCCAGUGUCGCAACCACCGCCGAUGUCAGCUGCCACUCCGCAGUACAUGCCUCCUAUGAACGCACCCUACUCCAACGCGCCGAAUGGGCAGGCAAAUAUGGCCAAUCCCCAUUUCCAAUUCCCGUCGAUGCCAUCAAAUCCUUACACGGCCCCCUCGCCCGCGCCCGCGCCUACACCUGCACCUCAGCAAUCAAGUCCCUACCCGCCACCAUCUCAACCCUCCGCUUCUACCCCUUUCCCGAUACCAAGUCCAUUACGGAACAACCUCCCACCUGCUUUUGCUCAGACAACGCCUUCCACGUACACCUCCCCGUAUGCCUCCGACCCCCCUCCGCAGCUGGUUCAAUAUCAGCAAUCGCAGCAACAACAGACCAUUCAAACACAGCCCCAGCAUCACUCGCCUUACCCACCCGCGAAUCCGCCUCCGCCACCGCCUCCUCAGAUGCCAAUCAACCCACCUCCCCAAAAUCUUCCGCCCAAUCCUGGUCCACCUUUGCAACACCAGCCCAACCUCAGCGUUGCCCCUGGCGAGCCCAGUUCCGGCCCUAUGGAUACUUCCGAAGCUUCUUCGUUCAAUGACCGAGCAAACAAGGCGAUUGACGACUUCGAGGCCGUUCUUAUGGAGGAUUAUGAAGACAAGAACUAUAUCCGGGAGGUUCUCAAGAGCGCCCGCGCCCGGGUUCUAGGCGAGGCCUCGGAAAGCUCCUUCCCUGGUGGCGAGCCCAAGGACGAGGCGGUCAUUGUGGAUGCACUCCGGAACUUGAUUGGGAGUCUGAAGGAUGAAUAG